AUGACCAACAGCGGACGAAGCAGAGGAGCAAGGGAUGCGAGAGUUCAUCGAUAUGGGGUAACGAAGAAGAGGACAGGAUCCGUAUCGUUGGGCCCGGACCAAACACCGGCGGGGUCCGCUACGACGCGCCAGCAAUCGGCCCCUGCCUCCACGGCCGCACGCUCGCGGUUCAGUCUCUGGCGCCUCCUGUUUCCGUGCAGCGUCACACGAAGAGUCUUCGGCGGAAGCACGGCCGGAAGCAGUGAGGCAGACAGCGAGACAGGAACCGUGCGAGGGGCUGGAAUUUCCGCGAGGCCAGUCAAGCACGGGAAUGGAGCCUCGGGCGGCGAGGGACAACCGUCUAGGAUCGUUGAGCCAAGUCGGGGCAUCGAUGGGAUCGGCGGUGGGGAAGGAGGAGGUGGGGGAGGAGGAGGUGGGGAAGGCUGGGGAGGUGGGGGGAAAGACCGCGGCACUGGCGGCAGACGCGGGCAUGGGAGCAAAGCAUCGCACUCCGGCAGCGGCGGAUUAUGGGCUGAUCCUCGUUCGGGCUCUGCGAGGCGAGCGUCUCCCUCGAUCAGGUACACCACGAGCUCUCAGCCAACAGUCCGGAGGGGUCUUAGCAUGGAGCAGUACACGGACCCUUGGAACGAUUUCCCGCCGAAGGUGGACGCACCGGCAGCCGGAGGUAGCGAUGACUUGGAAUUUGGAAUUAGCAACGAGCCGUGGUCGGCCCACCGUACCUUCUUCGCAGCUGCGGCUAGGGUAAGAUCAGCCAGGCGUUCCGCUCUCAAGGCGUCUCUCAGAAACGACAUGAUGAACGGCAUCGGGUGUGAUUCGCAGGGUGCAGGACCAAGCCAAUCCAGCGCAGCAGGCUUGUCGCUGGCGCCAGUUCUCGGUGUGGGGCGGCGAAACGAUGGACACGAAAGGUUGGAGCGGCCCGUGAUGGACUCGCCGCCAUCGCCGGCCACUUGCGGCAUCGUCCCCGCCCACGGUAGCGAAUACCGGUCUGGGUCCGCCGAUAACGAGAACGCCGGAGGGAGCGGGAUCUACAAGGGUCAUGUCUCUGAUGGUGGCACGGAGGGAACUUUGGAGAAGUCCACAGCUCAGGCGGAAGCGUCCUCGCCGUGGACACCCGCAGCUGUGUCGACCUCAUGCAAGAGCUUCGGUGGAAUCCACCACCAAUCGAACCACCCACAGAGGACAGCUGAAGACCGGGAGUGUUCCCUAGACGGAGAGUGCCGAAGCUACGGAGGCACCAGCCUUUCUACCCGUAGCCCGACCAUGUUGGGUUCACCUCGCAACACCAUUUCAGGACACGACAUGGAUACCGCCGACGACAAGGACGACGUGCAACACGGUGUUCAAGAUCGCAAUGCCGACCUCACGGUAACACCUCCCAGGUCGACGCGAGGCUUCAUGGGAUCAUCAGGCACGAGCAAGACCGAGGUCGCGUACUACCAGCCACCGGUCUCGGAGGGGUACACCGGGGAUGGAGAUGAGGGGGCCUCGACAGACAGUGGGCUGAGCUGGCCAUCGACACCUGGCAUCGAGAACGACGGAGGGAGCGAGUGUUUCAGGGGCAGUGCCUCUGAUGGUGGUAAGGAGGAGGCUUCGAAGGAGUCCACAGCUGGUGUGGAAGCGUCCGCGCCUUCGUCACCAGCAUCGUCGAUCUCGUACAAGAGCAUCGUCGGUGGAAUCCGCCACCAAUCAAACAGGAGAGCGGGAAACGGGAAGCGCCACCUAGACGAAGAAGGUGGAAUCUACGGAAGCGGCGGCCUUGCUGCUCGACCCCGCACCAUGUUCGGUUCCCUGCGCAGCAUUAUUGCCGGAAACGGAAUGGACAUCACCGAUGACGAAGAGGGGGAGCAAGAGGACGACGAACCAUCCUACCAUGGCGACCUCAUCGACCCUGCUCCCACGUUUGAGCGACGCUUCACGGAAUCACCAGUUACGAGCAACAACAUCCCUGCCCCCGCUAGGGCAUACUCGCCUGGGUCCCCUGGCAACGAGAACGAUGGAGGGAGCGGGACUACAAGCGGUGACUUCUACACCUUCGAGCACGCCAGCCGGCCUUCUACGACGUCCGCCUCUUCGUACAGCCGGAGGGGCGACGGAGGCCAACAAGAUUACGACGCGGCCCAGCUUCAGUCCGUGCGGCCUUGCGCCAGGCGAGCACCUCCCGAUGCAGUACAGAACGACAGCCCACCGCCGGGUGCGAAAGAAGGCACAGUGUCGUCGUAUGGUCCACCCAAACCCGGCGACGUGACUUCCGGCGGGUCAAUUGGAAUCGGAGCAUGCUGGUGGGGAGAGAAGGCGCAGCCUACCGCCCGCGCGAAUAUCAGCCCCGUGGUGGAGGUUCCGAGCACCUCGACCUCACGGAGCAAGCGCUCGUGGGAUGACGCGGGUUUGCGGGUCAUUGACCUAUCGGGAUCGUCGGCAACAUCAUGUGGUGGCAGCAGUGCUAAUGGCGGAACAGCGCCUGCCGAUGGUGCGCCGGACAGCGGUACGGUUGAACAGUCUCCGAACGAUGGACUUCCACCAUCGAAGCGUCCGCGGGUGUACUUGGACGACUACGACCUUGUCCAAAGCGGUGGUGCGCCGGAGGCCUGGGAGGAGUCGGCGGCUGGCGUGGGAGGAGCCGCGCCGGCUGAAGUGUCGAACCACGCAGGGAGGAGAGCGGGAGAUGGGGAGGGUUUCCCAGACGGAGGAGGUGGCCGCCUCGCUACGCGAAUGCCCGCCACCUUCAUGUCCCUACGCGACAUCAUAGCCGGAAACUGUACUGGCAGUGAUGACGAGGAAGAAGACCACGACGACCUUUGA